AUGGUGAAGAAAACUUUUGGUGAAGAAAAUUGUCCAUUUCACCUUGUCAUCAAAAUAGAUUCAUGUAAUGUCUGCAGCAUUGACCUGGGCUGGGAGCACAACCACUCAACUGAUAAUCUUGAAGCAUCCAACUCCAAGGACUUGUGCACGGAAGUAAUUGACAAGAUAAAGAAAUUGUAUGAAGCUGGUCACACUCCUUCGACAGCAAGACAACAGUAUCAUGAAGACCUCCGAGUUAUUUGUAAAGAUGACAUGGAAUUUCAUGUAAAGAAAGCUGAUCGGUCAUCAACGCUACAAAGAAGGGGCUUUCGUUAUAUUUAUGAGCAGUUUGGGAAAGAAACAUUUGGUGGAAAGCAUGAUGGGAUGUUUCACAAACUUGUUGAAACCAUGGAACAAUAUAAGGCUUGCAACCCAGAGGCAAGCGUAGAUUACCAACUUUUCGGGGGUGAGUAUUCCUCUACUUGUUGCCACAGUAACACCCUUGAUUAA